UCUUGCAAUGAACACACGUAGAGGUCUUAGUCUUUCGACACAUGUACUAGAUACGUCCCUAGGAACUGCAGCUGCAAAUCUCAAGGUGACAGUUCAUCGCUUUGAUGACGAAUCCCAAAAGUGGCAAGCUGUGCGUGCCAAGCAAACAGAUCCUGACGGCCGCUGUAAUGUUUUUGAGCAAAGCGAAUUUCCCAGUGCUACCUACAAGUUAACAUUCCAUGUGGGCGCCUAUUAUGUCGGAAAAAAUUUGAAAACACUAUAUCCAGCUAUUGAGAUAUUAGUAGAUUGCACUGACGAUCAACACUAUCACCUACCCCUCCUCUUAAGCCCAUAUGGCUAUACAACAUACCGUGGCUCAUAAUAUUGUAAAACCCAUUCCACAAUAAAUAUAAAUGAAAUAACUUGCAUAAGAUAUGAAGUGCUUAAACCAGAA